AUGGAGAGCACUGGAAUUAAAGUGCUGGAAACAGCAGAAGAGAUCCAGGGAAGACGACGAGAGGUGUUAAGUCGGUACCAGCGCUUCAAAGAGCUUGUUACAGAACGUGGUCAAAAGCUUGAAGAUUCCUAUCAUUAUCAGGUUUUUAGGAGAGAUGCAGAUGACCUGGAGAAAUGGAUCUUGGAGAAACUCAAGAUUGCUUCUGAUGAAAACUACAAAGACCCAACUAACAUACAGGGGAAAUAUCAGAAACAUCAAUCCUUUGAAGCUGAGGUACAAGCAAAAUCUAGGGUGAUUCCAGAGCUGGAAGAAAUCAGAAGAGUUCGAUUUGCUGAAGGACAUUUUGCUCAUGAAGACACCAAGGAACAUCUGGAAGAACUGAAGAGACUGUGGGAUUUGCUUUUAGAGCUGACUAAGGAGAAGGGCGCUCGGUUGUUGCAGGUUCUGAAACUGCAGCAGUACUUACAGGAGUGUGCUGACAUCCUUGAGUGGAUCAGUGACAAAGAAACUAUUGUGACAUCUGUAGAACUGGGUGAAGACUGGGAGAGAGCUGAAGUUUUGCAUAAGAAAUUUGAAGAGUUCCAGGUGGAUCUAGCAGCUCGUGAGGGGCGAGUGGUUGCAGUGAAUGAGUUUGCCAACCAGUGUGCCCAGGAAGAUCAUCCACAACUGGACCUAAUCAAGACAAAGCAGGAUGAAGUAAAUACCAAUUGGCAGCGUCUCCAGGGCUUAGCUCUCCAGAGGCGAGAAACUUUGUCUGAUGCUGCUGACCUGCAACGCUUCAACAGGGAUGUGGCUGAAGCUAUCCAGUGGAUCAAGGAGAAGGAGCCUCUUCUUACCUCAGAAGACUUUGGCAAAGAUCUGGUUACCUCUGAAGCCCUGUUCCACAAUCACAAAGGGUUGGAAAGGAACCUAGCUGUCAUGGAAGACAAGGUGAAAGAGCUGUGUGCUAAGGCAGACAAGCUACAGGUCUCCCAUCCCUCAGAUGCACCUGAGAUCCAGGAGAAGAAAGAAGAACUCUCCUUCAACUGGGCGCAAAUCCGGGCUCUAGCCACCAAAAGACACGCCAAGCUUCAGGCUUCAUACUGGUACCAACGCUUCCUCUCUGACUUUGAUGAACUCACAGGCUGGAUGGGAGAGAAAACAGCCCUUAUCAAUGCUGAUGAGCUGCCAACAGAUGUGGCAGGUGGGGAAGCCCUGUUAGACAGGCACCAACAGCAUAAGCAUGAAAUUGAUUCCUAUGAAGACCGAUUUCAGUCAGCUGCAGAGACUGGCCAGUAUCUGUUGGAUGCUGACCAUGAGGCUUCUGAAGAAGUUCGUGAAAAGAUGACUUCUCUUGACAAUGAUCAUGCUGCCCUGCUGGAAUUAUGGGAGAGACGUCGUCAUCAGUAUGAGCAGUGCCUGGACCUACACCUCUUCUAUCGAGAUAGUGAGCAAGUGGACAGUUGGAUGAGCAGACAGGAGGCCUUCUUAGAGAAUGAGGACUUGGGGAACUCUCUGGGCAGUGUAGAAGCCCUUCUUCAGAAGCACGAUGACUUUGAGGAAGCCUUUGGUGCCCAGGAGGAGAAAAUUACAACACUGGACAAGACAGCAACCAAACUGAUUGACAAUGACCAUUAUGAUUCAGAGAACAUCGCUGAGAUCCGGGAUGGGCUUUUGGCACGACGAGAUGCCCUCCGUGCCCGGGCUGCUGCCAGGCGAAGGCAACUGGAAGAUGCCCUGCUUCUGCAGCAGCUCUACCAAGACUCUGAUGACCUAAAGAACUGGAUCAAUAAGAAGAAAAAAUUAGCAGAUGAUGAGGAUUACAAGGACUCACAGAACCUAAAGAGCAGAGUUCAAAAGCAACAAGUAUUUCAAGAGGAGCUGAUGGCUAAUGAAGCUCUCCUCAACAACCUGGAGAAAACUGGCCAAGAGAUGAUUGACAGCAACCACUAUGCCUCUGAUAAUGUGACUGCCCGAAUUAAUGAGGUCACUGCCCUCUGGAAGGAGCUCCUAGAAACAACAGAGCAGAAAGGAGCCCAGCUGCACGAAGCCAACCAGAAACUACAGUUUGAACAGAAUGUGGAGGAUUUAGCCCGCUGGCUGGAGGAAGUGGAGGGUCAGGUUGCUUCGGAAGAUUAUGGGAAAGGCCUGGCUGAUGUCCAGAAUCUCCUUAGAAAACAUGGACUCUUAGAGACUAGUGUGAAUGCUCAUCAGGACCAAGUAGACACAAUUACAGACCUGGCUGCCUAUUUUGAGGAGGUGAAACAUCCUGAUGCUGGAGAAAUGAAAUUAAGGCAGGAGUCACUGGUGUCACAUUAUGAGUCCCUGAAGGAACCACUGGCCAAAAGGAAGAGGAAGCUUGUUGACCUUCUGCGACUGCAACAGAUCUGCCGGGACACAGAGGAUGAGGAGGCUUGGAUCCAAGAGACAGAGCCUUCUGCUGCCUCCACUUACCUUGGAAAGGACCUGAUUGCUGCUCAGAACCUGCUGAAUAGGCACCAAGUCAUUCUGGCUGAUAUUGCCAGCCAUGAACCCCGAAUUCAUGCCAUCACAGAGAGAGGCAACAAAAUGGUGGAGGAAGGGCACUUUGCUGCAGAGGAUGUAGCCUCCAGGGUAAAGAGCAUGAAUGAGAACAUGGAGUCCCUUCAGGCCCGGGCUGCCCAGCGACAGCGUGACCUGGAGGACAAUGUCCAGUUCCAGCAGUACCUUGCAGAUCUGCAUGAAGCAGAAGCCUGGAUCAGUGAGAAGGAGCCCAUUGUGGACAACACAAACUAUGGGGCUGAUGAGGAAGCUGCUGGGGCUCUUCUGAAGAAGCAUGAAGCCUUCCUGGUGGACCUUAAUGCCUUUGGAACCAGCAUGAAGGCUCUGAAGGAGCAGGCAGACGCAUGCCGGCAACAACAAGCUGCACCUACGGAAGAGGCUGCGCAGGAAGAACGGGUCAUAGCUUUAUAUGACUUCCAGGCCAGGAGCCCCAGAGAAGUCACCAUGAAGAAAGAUGAUGUCUUAACCCUGCUCAGCUCUAUCAACAAGGACUGGUGGAAGGUAGAAGCUGAUGAUCAUCAGGGCUUUGUCCCAGCUGUGUAUGUCAGGAGAUUGGCCCGGGAUGAGCUCCCCAGGCCUGAGAGGCGGCGUCGAGAAGAGCCAAGUGACAUUGCCCAGCGCCAGGAGCAAAUUGAUAAUCAGUACCACUCUCUUCUGGAGCGGGCAGAAGACCGUCGGCGUCGCCUUUUACAGCGAUACAAGGAGUUCCUGCUAGCGUAUGAGGCUGGAGACAUGCUGGAUUGGAUCAGAGAGAAGAAGGCAGAAAAUAUUGGAGUAGAACUAGAAGAUGUCCAUGAGCUGCAGAAAAAGUUUGAUGACUUCCAGACGGAUCUGAAGACCAAUGAACCUCGACUUCGGGACAUUAACACAGUGGCUGAUGAUCUUCGUUUAGAAGACCUUUUGACUCCAGAAGGUGCUGAAAUCCAGCAGGAGUUAAAUACCCGCUGGGAUUCCCUGCAGAGACUUGCAGAGGAACAGCGCCUGCUGCUGGGCAGUGCUCAUGCUGUCCAAAUGUUCCACAGGGAUGCAGAGGACACCAAGGAACGCAUAGAGAAGAAGCGUCAGGCACUGAGUGCUGCAGACCCUGGCUCAGAUCUGUUCAGUGUUCAGGCACUUCAGCGUCGCCAUGAUACUUUUGAGAGGGAUUUGGAACCUCUUGGAGAAAAGGUGACUACUUUGGGAGAGACAGCAGAGAGGCUCAUUGAGUCUCACCCAGAUGCCACUGAGGACCUGCGCAGGCAACAGGUUGAGCUUGAUGGGGCCUGGGAUAAUUUGCUUCGGCGCACAGAAGAAAGAAAGGAUGACUUGAGCGAGGCGCAGAAGCUCUAUUUGUUUCUCAAUCAGGCCAGGGAAAUAUUGUCAUGGAUCAAUAGCAUCCGUGGUCCCGUGUCAUCAGCAGAAUUGGCUGAGGACCUCACAGGAACUGAAAUCUUACUUGAAAGACAUCAGGAACACCAUGAUGAGAUGAAGGCUGAGGCUCCUACAUUCCAGGCCCUAGAAGACUUUGGAAUAGACCUUCUAAGCAGUGGGCAUCGGGCUGGCCCUGAAAUAGAAGGGAAGCUGCAAUCUGUUAGACUCGAAAGAGAUGAUUUGGAGAAAUCUUGGGAGCGGCGAAAGAAGAUGCUUGAUCAAUGCCUGGAUUUCCAGCUGUUCCAAGGAGACUGUGAGCAAGCAGAGAGCUGGAUGGUGGCCCGAGAGAGUUCUCUGAGGACAGAUGACAAAAACUCACUGAGUAGUCUGGAGGCCUUGAUGAAGAAGCGUGAUGAUUUAGAUAAGGCAAUCAAUGCCCAGGAAGAAAAGAUAAAUUCACUGAAAAGUUUUGCAGAGCGGCUCAUAGAUGAUGACCACUAUGCCAAGAAGGAAAUUGCUGAUCGGCUUCAAAGAGUGUUGGACAGGUGGAAUGCUCUCAAGGGACAGAUGAUUGCUGACAGAGAACAGCUUGGUGAUUAUGCAGACCUAAAACAAUUCUAUCGUGACAUUGAAGAUUUGUCAGAUUGGAUCAAUGAGAUGAUGCCCACAGCCUGUGAUGAGUCCUACAAAGAUCCCACUAAUAUCCAGAGAAAAUACUUGAAGCAUCAGACAUUUGAAAAUGAAGUCUUUGGCCGGACUGAUGAAAUUGAAAAUGUCAUCAAUCUGGGGAACUCCCUUAUUGAUCGCAGAGCAUGUGAUGGCCAGGAGGAAGAUGUGAAGGAACGACUGUCUGGACUGAGUGAACACUGGAACCAGCUUCUGGAGAAAACCAAAGACAAAGGGCAGAAAUUGAACGAAGCAAGCCGACAACAGAGGUUCAACACAGGCAUCCGGGACUUUGAAUUCUGGCUUUCUGAGGCAGAGACACUACUGGCCAUGAAAGACCAAGCCAGGGACUUGGCUUCAGCAGCCAACUUACUCAAGAAGCAUCAACUGUUGGAAACAGAGAUGUCAGCUCGUGAGGACUUUCUCAAGGAUCUGAAUGAACUGGCUACUCACUUAAUUGACAGUGGGGCUUUCAAUGCUGAUGAGAUCAAGGAGAAACGGGACAAUAUCAAUAACCGAUUCCGGAAUGUCCAGGACCUGGCUGCUGCACAUCACAAAAAGCUCAAGGAGGCCCAUGCUCUUUUCCAGUUUUUCCAGGACUUGGAUGAUGAGGAAUCCUGGAUUAAGGAAAAGCUUCUACGAGUGAGCUCCAAGGACUAUGGACGGGACCUUCCUGGUGUUCAGAACCUACAAAGGAAACAUAAACGCCUGGAAGGGGAACUGGAUGCCCAUGAACCAGCUAUUCAGGGAGUGUUGGAGACUGCAGAAAAACUGAAAGACAGUGAUGCUGUGGGGCGAGAGGAGAUCCAAGAGAGGCUGGCUCAGCUGGUACAGCAUUGGAAUGAGCUAAAGGAGUUGGCCAAGUUUCGGGGGCUCCAACUUGAUGAGUCCCAACAGUAUCUUCAGUUCAUAGAGAAUGCUGAGGAAGAAGAGGCCUGGAUCAAUGAGAAGACUGCUCUUGUUGCCCGAGGGGAUACAGGAGACAUAUUACCUGCCACACAGGUGAGUCAGUUGAAGGAACCACAUAUCCUCCUAGUUCCCUAUUUUGUUUUUAGAGAACGAGAGCAGGAAUUGCAAAAAGAGGAAGAAAGGCAAACGAAGAAUCAUGAGCUCUGCCAAGAGUUUGAACAAGAUGCCAGUGCAUUCUCCCAAUGGAUCCAGGAAACCAGAGCUUAUUUCCUAGAUGGAUCAUUGCUCAAGGAAACUGGAACCCUGGAAUCCCAGCUGGAAGCUAAUAAACGGAAGCAGAAAGAAAUUCAAGUGAUGAAGCGUCAGUUGAACAAGAUUGAGGACCUGGGAGAUACCAUGGAGGAUGCUCUGAUCUUGGACAUCAAAUACAGCACCAUUGGAUUAGCCCAGCAGUGGGAUCAGCUCCACCAGCUAGGAAUGAGAAUGCAGCACAAUCUCGAGCAACAGAUUCAGGCCAAGGACAUGAUUGGUGUGAGUGAAGAGACGCUAAAGGAAUUUAGCACAACCUAUCAACAUUUUGAUGAGACCUUGACUGGACGGCUGAGUCACAAGGAAUUCCGGUCCUGUCUCAGAGGCCUCAAUUACUAUUUGCCCAUGGUGGAGGAAGGGGAACCUGAACCCAAGUUUGAGAAAUUCCUAGAUGUUGUGGAUCCAGGAAGGAAGGGCUACAUCUCACUGGAAGAAUAUACCUCAUUUCUGAUUGACAAGGAGUCAGAGAACAUUAAGUCCAGUGAAGAAAUUGAAAAUGGCUUCCAGGCCCUGGCUGAGGGAAAGCCUUACAUCACAAAGGAUGACCUGAAACAGGCCCUCACUCCAGAGCAGGUACAAUUCUGUGCCUCUCGAAUGCAGCCCUAUACAGAUCCUCGUGGCCGUACUGCUGGCUAUGACUAUGUUGGAUUCACAAAUUCAUACUUUGGUAACUGAUGAGAAGAUGUUAAUGUGACAAGAGAAGGAGGAGGAUUGAAGAGUAUAUUUUAU